AGCAGCCAGUCCACUGAUGGACAAAUGUCAAAAAAGUAUGUUAGAAAGCAACCCGAGAUUCCACUGCAAAAACAAUCGUAGCAAAUUUCAGCCAUGGCAGAAUCUAACAAGUCAUCUCGAGCAUCUUCGGCCGUGUCCCGGUCUUCCGUGAUGAACCCGGCCCCCUCUAUGAAUCCGCCCGAUGAGCCUCCAGAAUCAGCCGUCAAUGGAACCACUCAGACCAUUCAGCCUCCACCCAGUGCAGCCUUACAGGCCCGGCAAAAACCGAAAAAGGCUCCGGAACUUCCAACUUUGGAACGUCGCAACUGGCUCAUUCACAAUCAUUAUGUGCGGAAAGAAUUCGACCAUUGCAAAGCCAUCAUCCAAAAGGUGAUCGAGGAGACCAAGGGAAUGUGCGAGUACGCCAAUUAUGUCCAAGGACUCAUUCUUCGACAUGAGGGGAAGAUCCAGGAGUCGUUGGAAAUGUUCCAGAUCUGCAACAUUCUCAAUCCCAACAGCUCCGAUCACAUCAAGCAAUUGGCUAGGUCCUUAUUUUUACUUGGACGUCACAAGCUAGCAAUUGAGGCAUACCGUCAGGCCGAGGUUCGCUCAGAAAAAUCCGAUUGGGAGAUAUAUCACAACUUAGGCGUUUGUUUGAUGUACCUUAAAGAAUAUGACGAAGCCCGAGACGAGCUCACCCGGGCUCUAAGUUAUCACAAAAAUGACCAAUCCUUCAUGAUGCUGGGCAAGAUCCAUCUUCAUCAAGGCGACGUAGAAGGAGCCAUUGAAGUAUAUAAAUUGGCCGUGGCAUCCUCCCCAGAGAACCCAGAGCUUUGCACCACCCUCGGUCUCUUGUAUAUGCAAACCAAUCAGCACACUCAGGCUUUUGAGCAUCUAGGAACAGCCAUGGCAUUUGAUCCCAACCAUGCCAAGGCCAUUUUGGCGGCAGGAUCCAUGAUGCAGUCUCAUCAUGAUUAUGACGUGGCCUUGUCCAAGUACAAGGUUGCGGCGGGUGAGAUCCCAGAAUCGCCCCAGUUAUGGAAUAACAUUGGGAUGUGCUUCUUCGGGAAAAAGAAGCUAGUGGCUGCAGUGUCAUGCUUGAAGCGGGCCAAUUUCUUGGCACCAUUUGAUUGGAAAAUUCUCUACAACCUGGGACUGGUUCACCUGAAUAUGCAACAAUACGCCUCGGCCUUUCACUUUUUGUCGGCAUCAAUCAAUCUCAGGUCAAACCGAGGGCAGACUUUCAUGCUCCUUGCCAUUGCCUUGAGUCACUUGCAAGAUCCCGAUAAUGCCAAGUCUGCUUAUGAGCAAGCAGCACAAAUGGAUCAAAAAGACCCGGCCAUUCCUUUGAAUUGGGCGGUCUUACUUCACAACCAAAACGACACGCCUGGAGCCGGCCAUCAACUUCAAAACUUUGAGAAACGAGUGCAAACAUUACGGCAAUCAGGACUCGAAGCUGAACCUGAGUUAUUGGCCACGGCUGGCGAGUUGGCUAGAAAGUUGGGCAUCUCUUUGACCGUUUCCGGCGACUUGCUCCCUUUGCGGGCCAGUCUUACCUCUGCCACCUCCGAGAAGGCGACCAAGAAGUCGAGACAACCCUCGGCCUCCGUAAAAAGCGCUCGUGCUUCGGCUAAGGCCCAAAUGCGGGCAGAAGGUUUGAAGAAACAAAAUACGGACUUGGAUCAGAUUCAAGUGGUCACGGAACCACCUCCAGGCGAAGCUCAGCAGAAGGCAGGAAAUACCGAAGAAUGAGAGCACGGGAACAAUAACCGGGUGGGUGGAAAUGGGUCCAAAGGGGUCGAGUGUUUUGAUCAAGCCGUAAUAAGAUGGGUCAUGGAGGUCGCAAUUUUGUCCGAGGUCUAUCCCAUUGCUAUCGGAUGCCUCGGUAGUCUUCGAUCACAUGUAUGAGGAGCCUGGCAAAAACGUCGACUCUGACCUUACCUUGCAUUCGUUCUCACCCUACAUCCUUUUGGAGAGGCUAUCAUGUCUUUUCCAUGUUAUAAGGUCAUACCUUCACCUAUUUAAGGGCUUACAAUAUAAGUUAAUUGAAAGUCCAGGAUCAUGAAAUAGUUGCUUGUUUUUGCUCCCUAAAAUCUACCUCAGACUUGGUUAAUUUUUGCUUUGAUAUUCCAGACUAGCACUGAUAUCCAAAAUAUUAAAAUUUUAUAUGAUUUAACCACACUCGUCAUUUUUUCCUCUCAAGUCUCAAGCUCAAAAUAACCUUUAA